AUGAAGGCAGCAGAGAUCAGAUUGUCUCUACACAGACCUCUACAGCACAGAGACCCACACAUGGCUCCUACAAUCACUGCAGCAAUGACCAACUCUCAGGAGCAUCUGACUCGGAGCCACAAGCUCAGAAAGCCUCUGGUGGAGAAGUUACGCAGAGAGCGAAUCAACAGCAGCAUCGAGCAGCUCAAGUCUCUCCUGGGUCCAGAGUUCCUCAACCAGCAGCCAGACUCCAAGCUGGAGAAGGCAGACAUCCUGGAGAUGACCGUUUGCUUCAUGACACAGCUGCUGCAGCAGAACCAGCAGCAGAGAAGACUGAUGAAGCACUUCAACAAGCUGCAGUCUUCCUCUGAGGAGAAGCUGAGAGAGGCUGACUUCUCUCCUCUGAGCUCCACAGUCCACAGCAGCAUCACCAAAGACAAGAGUCCGGUCAGCAGCGCCCCCUGGAGGCCGUGGUAG